GACCAGAGAAGCAAGGUUCACCAGGAAACAUCAUCAGAAAUGUAGAGCAUAGUUCAUACAUCAGUCUCUGAUAAGUAUUUGUGUAUAUCUCAGUAAACGGUUAUCCUUUUACUCUUUUCGUGCCCACAUUUUUGACAUCAAAAAUGCAAAGAGUGCAGGUUUUGUCGGGACAUCUGUCGUCAAAUGCUCGUGUGGGAAUGAGGCAGUGCAGCGCUUCAGCUGCAGAUCCAAACGAUAUCGUUGUGGUUCAUGGACUACGAACUGCCAUCGGCCGAGCGAAAAGAGGGUCCUUUAAGGACACUACCCCAGAUGAGCUUCUUAGUACUGUGAUGAGUACAGUCCUGAAGGAUCUGGGACUGAGACCCUCUUUACUAGGGGAUGUGUGUGUUGGUAAUGUGCUGCAACCUGGUGCAGGUGCACUGAUGGCUCGAGUCGCACAUUUUUUUAGUGGCUUUCCCGAGUCUGUACCCGUCUACACUGUAAACAGGCAGUGCUCUUCUGGACUACAAGCACUUUUUAAUAUUGCAGGUGGAAUCAGAGGAGGUUCAUAUGACCUGGGACUUGCCUGUGGUGUGGAGAGCAUGUCUCUUCGUACACCAAAUAACCCAGGAGACAUCAGUCCCCGACUGAUGGACAAUGAGAAAGCCAGAGACUGCAUCAUUCCCAUGGGAAUAACCUCAGAGAACGUUGCUGAGAGAUUUGGCGUCACUAGGGAAAAACAGGACCGCUUUGCUCUCAGUUCCCAACAAAAGGCUGCAAUGGCGCAGAAAAACGGCUUGUUUGAUCAAGAGAUCACACCAGUCACUACUAAAUUUGUGGAUGAAAACGGUACUGAGCGCACUAUUACUGUCACAAAGGAUGAUGGGAUCCGGCCUGGGACUACCUAUGAAGGCCUUGCCAAACUGCGACCAGCAUUUAAGGAAAACGGAAGCACCACAGCUGGUAAUGCCAGUCAGGUGAGUGAUGGCGCAGCAGCGGUGCUAAUUGGCCGGAGAUCCACGGUGGAAAGACUAGGACUUCCUGUUUUUGGGAUCCUGAGGGCGAGCGCUGUGGUGGGUGUUCCACCAGACAUAAUGGGCAUCGGUCCAGCCUAUGCCAUCCCAGAAGCCCUCAACCAAGCUGGGCUGACUGUGGAUGAUAUUGAUGUGUUUGAGAUCAACGAAGCAUUCGCCAGUCAGGCUGUGUAUUGUGUGGAAAAACUGGGCAUUCCUAUGGAAAAAGUGAAUCCUAAUGGAGGAGCCAUUGCUCUUGGUCAUCCACUGGGGUGCACUGGUGCUCGACAGGUCGUGACUUUGCUCAAUGAGCUCAAACGCAGACGCAAGAGAGGGUAUGGCGUGGUGUCCAUGUGCAUUGGGACUGGAAUGGGAGCAGCUGCAGUUUUCGAGUAUCCUGGCCAGUGAUGAAAGCCCUGGCGCAAAAUCCCAAGAUGCAAAUGUCCUGAUGACACGCAGAGAAACUAACCGUCACAAAUUCUUUUUAAUCAAGCUGCUAGAAGUCUAACUGUAAACCCAGGCAGAGAGAGCACACUUCUUAUGUAGUGCAUAUCAGUGGGUGUUUGCCUUACUUGUUUAGAGGAUGUUCAACCUUCAGAAGAUUCAGAUCUCUCUUUAAAGUGCCUUGCAUUUCAACUGUGAUAACAGAUCAUUGAAACAGACAUGCUUGUAUCUGUAAGAGCAAUCGGAGUAACAGCUCUUAUCGAUUUAAUUUGUGACAUUAAUCUGAUCUGGUCUUUCCUUCUGAUAUGAAAAAACUCCGAAUUUUAGAAAGAAAAUGUUUUUGAGAACCAGUGUAAUUACCAAAUGUUUAUAAUGUAUCUCAUUUGUUAGAAUAAAAAUGAUCAUGUAUGAAACUUGUUUAAAAGCUAGAUAAUACCUUUCAAAGGUUUGGGGUCAGUAAGAUGUUUUUUUUAAAGAAGUUAAUACUUUCAUUCAGCAAGGAUGCAUUAAAUUGGUUAAAAGUAACAGUGAAGCACUUAUAAUGUUACAAAAGAUUUCUGUUUUAAAUAAAUGCUGUUCUUUUGAACGUUCUAUUCAUCAAAGGCCAUGUUCACACAGCAACAGAAUACAGUUGUCAGUACCGUAUUUGAGUCCUUAAAUGCGGCUUCAAACGAUCCCAGCCAAGAAAGAAGGGUCUUAUCUAGCGAAAUGAUUGGUUAUUUUAAUAAAAAUAAUACAAUUUAUAUACGUUUUAAUGCCAAAUGCUUGUCUUGUCUUACUCUGCCUGGACUGUUUUUGUUCCUGUUCUUGACAGUUAGGGUAUGUGGAAAAACUCCCAUCUCAUGUUCUCCCUUUCAACACUUCAAAAAUCAUCCUAUAUCUCUGUUUUACCUUUUUGUUAAGGGUGUUUGAUCUUCUUUGCAUGCUCACUUUGCAAAGACUGGGUCGGUACUUCUGCAGCAAUGUAGGAUGAUUUUGAAAUGAUUUUUGAAGUUGAGGGAGAAAAUACGAUUGGAGUUUUUCAACAUACCCUAACUGUCUUGAGCCAGAAUACACAGACAAGAUGAGUGUUUGAGAUUAAAAAGUAUUUAAAUUGUAUUUUUUUUAAUGAAAAUAACCGAUCAUUUUGCUAGAUAAGACCCUUCUUCCUUGGCUGGGAUCGUUUACAACCGCAUUUAGAACUGUUUGAAGCUGCAUUUAAACAUGCAUUUUGGAAGUUCAAAAUCGGGGAACCAUUUCAGUCCAUUAUAUGGAGAAAAAUGCUGAAAUGUUUUCCUCAAAAAACAUAAUUUCUUUAUGACUGAACAAAGACAUGAACAUCUUGGAUGACAAGGGGGUGAGUAAAUUAUAUGUGAAUCUUUGUUUUGCAAGUGGACUUCUCCUUUAAAAUAGAUCAAUAGCCAUUUUAAAUUGUAAUAAUAUUUUUCAAUAUUACUGUUUUUACUGUAUCAAUUAAAUGCAGCCUUGAUGAGCAUUAAAAGCAUUUUAAAAACACUUCUGACCCCAAACUUUUGAAGAGUACUGUAUGCGUGAAGUCAAUGUUUAACUACAAAUUGAUCUUUGAUACUCUAAUCACAAACAUACACUAGGCCAUUUAAAAUGUUCUUAUGUUGAUCUUUAAUUUUUAGAAUUAAAGGAAUAAAACUUUCACAAAUACAA